AUGUCUUCAUCAGUGAUGAAGUUAGAACCUGCUUUACAAUUGGGUGUUGAUUGGAGUGAUAGAGCUCAUCCUACUUCACAUUGUUGGCUUUCGUACUGCUCUAAAACUUCUUUACCGGCUUCCCGAUGUGCCUACCUAUCGUGUACCAUCUCCGAGAUAAUGAAUAUGGAAACAUGUGUUGAAUGCGGUUCGUGCACAAUAGUUAUUCACAUAGAUCAUAUCAUUAAUGUAGAAAAUGUAGCUAAUAUUCAUAAUUACAUACCACCCUGUCGCCCAUCAUUUUCUGACACUGCUACAGCAGACGAUCACAUUGAACACGAUCAUCAUUACUGGUCAUCAAUUUCGAAACUCCUAAAACCAUGUAUGUUAUGCAAGCGAAAAACGUUGCUACGAAUGGUAACUAAGGAUAAUACUAGAACCUCGACUUCUGCUCCAUUAGCUUCCGCAUCACACAUCAAUGCAAAGACAGUCAACAUAUUGAAAUACUCAAAUAAAGAUUUUCUCAAGACUUCCAGUAGUCUUCAAUGUUUGUGGUGCUUCAAAAGUUGUCAUAAACAGUGUUGGGAAAGCAUUAGCGAUGGUAAUAAACAGUACAAAUGUGAUUACGGAAAGUUCAAGAACAUUAUUGUUCAUCCACAAUGGUUACAGCGUUUCAGUAGCCAUCCAGUACGAAUUUGUGCUCGAUUUUGUGACGAUGUUGAUGAGAGCAAUACAUCAGUGACACCUUUGAUAGUCUUCAUAAAUAAAAUCUCGGGUGGUCGAAAGGGUGAAAGCAUCUAUCGUCGACUUCUUCGGCUGUUAAAUCCACGUCAAAUUUUUCUCCUUGAAAACAAUGACAAUAUUAAACAAGCUCUAAGCAUUUAUUCAUCUUUACGUAACACUCGGAUUUCUAUCUGUGGUGGUGACGGAUCUGUUGGAUGGGUAUUAAACGUUUUGGCCGAAACAUGCUCCUCAUUGAAUAAUCCACCAGUAAGUAUCUGUCCAUUAGGUACAGGCAACGAUUUGUCCCGUGUUUUGGGUUGGGGUAGGUGUUACAGUGCAAAACAAUUACUAACUAUGCUGCAACAAGUGUCGGAUGCGCAACCCAUACCGUUGGAUCGUUGGCAAAUCACUUUCGAACCGUGGACAAUAAGCGAUACUACUGAAAGAGUCAGAAAUGCAUGUGGAUGUUUCUGCUCCCUAUUGGAUCAUCCGAAAUUCGUUGAUCAAACAAAUCGGCCAUCUUAUCAAAAUCAUCAAGCUCCUCUCAAUACUCGCUUUACAAAUUACUUAAGUUUUGGACUAGAUGCAGCUGUUGUACUUGAUUUUCAUGACAAGCGAAUCCGUGAUCCAUCUAGGUUUACUUCACCAUUCAAAAAUAAACUAAUUUAUCUGAGCAUUAGUCGAACAUAUUUUAGAGAGUUUGCAUUAUGGAGAGCAUGGGACUUAAGACCAUAUAUGAGAUUGAUUUGCGAUGGUAAUGAUUUAACCGAUUCAAUACGUCAUUGCCAUACUAUUGUUCUAUUAAAUAUUCCAAGCUAUGGUUCAGGUACCCAUCCUUGGAGCAGAAGAUUAUCAAGCAAAGCUCUAACAACACCUAAUAGGCAAAACCAAAGUGAUAGAUUGGAUCAAAUUAGUCGAAAUACAUCAGACAGCAUGUUUCCAUCGGAUUAUGUGCAUGACGAGUACGAUCAGACAGGUUCAUAUGCUAUUAAUUCGAUCAGAAGACAAGACAUUAGUGAUCAAAAAAUUGAAGUGUUCGGGCUAGACUCGAUACAGAUGGCAUUAAUUCAUGCUGGAUUUCGUGGCCGUCGUAUCGCUCAAUGCAGUGAAGUUCGAAUAGAACUAAUUCGGUCGAUGCCUGUACAUAUGGAUGGUGAGCCAUUUUAUCUUCCUGAAUCAAUCGCAAUAAAUGUGACCCAUGCCGGCCAAGUACUAGUAUUGAGAAAACAGCAAAGAUAA